AUGAGAGACCACGGGUAUAAAAGCGAAGGUGGAUUUGGGAAGCCUGUCGCAGCCAUGUCCUUCUUGUUUCCGUGGCUCUGUUUAAUUGCUGGUGUGUCUGUGUUGCAGCUGGCUGGCAUUGCCUUCAUUGCAGCAGGUUUCUGGGCAUGGAGUGAGAAGGGAGUGCUGAUGGACCUAACCCAGGUAACCCGGGUGCACGGGUUCGACCCAGUUUGGUUGGUUCUGGCAGUUGGUGGCAUCACCUUCGUCCUGGGGUUUGCUGGCUGCGUGGGAGCGCUGAGGGAAAACAUCUGUCUGCUGAAGUUUUUCUCAGGUGUGAUUGGCUUGAUCUUCUUCCUGGAGCUGACGGCGGCAGUGCUGGUGGUGGUUUUCCAAAGUCAGGUCAGAGCAUGGAUCAACGAGUUCUUCCUGGCAAACAUCAAGGGGUACAGAGACGACAUCGACCUGCAGAACCUCAUCGACUCUGUGCAGAGGAUGAACGCCUGCUGUGGCGCUCAGACCCCGCAGGACUGGAACCAGAACGUGUACUUCAGCUGCGACGAGAAUAACCGUAGCAGAGAGAAGUGCGGCGUUCCGUUCUCCUGCUGCAUCCAAGAUCCUGCUGACUUGGUGAUGAACACUCAGUGUGGCUAUGACGUGAGGCGCAACCAGUCAGAGUGGAGUAAGCAUAUCUACACCAAAGGCUGCAUUGCGGCGUUGGAGGACUGGUUGCCGAGAAAUCUGUACACGGUGGCCAUCGUCUUCGUAGUCAUCUCCCUGCUGCAGAUGGUGGGGAUCUACCUGGCCAGGAAUCUGAUCGCCGACAUCGAGAAGGUUAAAUUCAGCUACUGAAGCCUGCAAGGGGAGGGCGGGGAGCUUACACCAGGUGUUACAGGACCAACUUUCUUCAGAUGUGCCUUCUUCUUCCUCUUCCUCCUCUGAUGUCAUUGCCAUCGUAACUGAAACAAGGCAUUCUGUUGUAAACUGGGAACGUACAACAGCACGGAAGCCACUUUCUGUUUGUGUAUUUUGUUUUGUUUUUUUGCUUGUUCGGGGUCAUGUGACGAAGUUCCACCCUAGGCUGCUUCGAUGAAUGUUUAGAAACCAAUGUGACCUUUGACCUACCGACUUUACCGCUUAGUGCUUCCUAGAACAGAGUUCAGGUUCUCUGCGGGCGGUCCGAGGAUCACCAGUACUUAACCUCCAUCAAUCGGCUGAUAAUUUUCUGAAUAAACAACUUCCGGUCUGUGACAUCAAAUGUGAUGUCAUCACAGAAGGCUGAAGACAAACCUGGGUAGUACCACAAAAGAAGAAGCCUUAAAUUCAAACUGUUCCUGUAAAGGUGAUCGUGUGAUUAAGUCAGCCGUUAGUAACACUGGACUGCUGUUAACAAGUUUUGAAUACAUAAAGUUUUGUUGAAAUAAAGAUUUCAGGACUUUUAUUGUUGAAACUUCCUACUUUUGUUUCCUGUUUAAAGGCAUUUAUUCUGAAGUAGUGUCUAAUAAAGUGAAUUUUUACCUUUUUGUAUUUGCCAGAAUAAAAAUUUGUUUUGUUUA